GUACGCUCCUCCCUCCCCAGCCUUCCCCCGCGAGCGGACGCGCCAGCGCCUCUGUCUCGCUUUUUCUUAUUUUCUCCCCCUUUCCCCUUCCUUUUCUUUUCUUUUUUCCCCUUCCCCCCUUCCACCAUUUCCCCUCGGAGGCGUUUCCCUCGGGCAGGGGCAGAGCCGGCCUCACCCCGCGCCUCUCCCCGGCCCCCGCCGCCCUAUGGCGAGAGGGCGCCCCCUCCUCACCCGGGCACCAGCGGCGGCGGUCGGAGGAGCGGGACCGGCGGCGGCGGCCUCGGGCCCAGGGUCAUCAUGGAACUAGUUCGCUGAGUGACCCCUCGGCCGCAGCCGUGCGUCCCGCCCGAGUACCCGCGCCCGCCGGCCCGGUUUGCCCUCUUCUCCCUCCUCAGACGGCCCGGCCCUGGUCCCGCGCGCCCCGCUGCCGCGCGCCGAGGAUCAUGAGGUGGUAACGGGCCCCCGGAUGACCCCGCGUCACCACUGUGAGGCCUACAGCUCUGCCGGGGAGGAGGAGGAGGAGGAAGAGGAGGAGAAGAAGAAGCUAAUUAUUUGAAAAGCCCAGGCUGAUAAUAAAUGUGAUAUGUAACCAAGGGUGACUUUGAACUUCUCAUCCUCUUGUCUCUACCCAAAUUGACAGGUAGCUACAUCAAGCUGGGUGGCAGGCAGAUCCAAAGGGAUACCAUGAAGUUUCCAGGACCUUUGGAAAACCAGAGAUUGUCUUCUCUGUUGGAAAGGGCAAUCUCCAGGGAAGCCCAGAUGUGGAAGGUGAAUGUGCCGAAAAUACCUACAAAUCAGAAUGUUUCUCCAUCCCAGAGAGAUGAAGUAAUUCAAUGGUUGGCCAAACUCAAAUACCAGUUCAACCUCUAUCCAGAAACAUUUGCUCUGGCAAGCAGUCUUUUGGAUAGGUUUUUAGCUACAGUAAAAGCCCAUCCAAAAUAUUUGAAUUGUAUUGCAAUCAGCUGUUUUUUUCUGGCUGCUAAGACUGUUGAGGAAGAUGAGAAAAUUCCAGUGCUAAAGGUAUUGGCAAGAGACAGUUUCUGUGGAUGUUCCUCAUCUGAGAUUUUGAGAAUGGAGAGAAUUAUUCUGGAUAAAUUGAAUUGGGAUCUUCACACGGCUACACCAUUGGAUUUUCUUCACAUUUUCCAUGCCAUUGCGGUGUCAGCUAGGCCUCAGUUACUUUUCAGUUUGCCCAAAUUGAGCCCAUCUCAACAUUUGGCAGUCCUGACCAAGCAGCUGCUUCACUGUAUGGCCUGCAACCAACUUCUGCAGUUCAAAGGGUCCAUGCUUGCUCUGGCCAUGGUUAGUCUGGAAAUGGAGAAACUCAUUCCUGAUUGGCUUCCUCUUACGAUUGAACUGCUUCAGAAAGCACAGAUGGACAGCUCCCAGUUGAUCCACUGUCGGGAGCUGGUGGCAUAUCACCUUUCUGCUCUGCAGUCUGCCCUGCCUCUAAAUUCCGUUUAUGUCUACCGUCCCCUCAAGCACACCCUGGUAACCUGUGACAAAGGAGCAUUCAAAUUACAUCCCUCCUCUGUCUCAGGCCCAGAUUUCUCCAAGGACAACAGCAAGCCAGAAGUGCCAGUCCGAGGUCCAGCAGCCUUCCACCUGCAUCUCCCCGCUGCCAGUGGGUGCAAGCAAACCUCUGCUAAACGGAAAGUGGAGGAGAUGGAGGUGGAUGACUUCUACGAUGGGAUCAAGCGGCUCUAUAAUGAGGACAAUGGUCCUGAGAAUGUGGGUUCUGUAUGUGGCACUGAUUUAUCAAGGCAAGAGGGCCAUGCUUCCCCCUGUCCACCUUUGCAGCCUGUUUCUGUCAUGUAGUUUCAGGUGUCAGCUUCCAGUGCACACGAAGGCUGACUACUCGGGGUGAGACUAGAAACCCAGGGAAGGCUGUGGAGAAGGCAUGUGCUUUAUCAGACUGACUGAAGUGAGCCAGGAAAAAAAGAAAACCACUCUUAAUCUUUCGUGCGGUUACUUACAAUCCAACGUAAUUUAAUAUAAAGGCUAUAUUUGUAGACUCAAGAUCCAAAAUAUAUUUAAAAGUAAAGCAAAAGUUCUUUGUACUAUGUCAGUUCCACCAUUGUUAAAUAAGUUUGCCCCAUGUCAAAAAAAAAUGUUUAGCGGAAAGUUGCAAACUCUCAGCUAGGAACCUUGUUCCAGUGUCCUUAUUUUCCUCUUGCCUUUUCUUGCCUCGGUUGAAUACUUAACUAAGCUGUGUGCUUGUUGAUCUAUGUAUUCUGACUUCACUUGAGUACCACCCACCUUUUCUUUUAAAGUAAUUCAGUAAGUAAAUUAUUUUUGUGUGGCAGCCAUGUUUAAUCCACAGUUCAAGUAUGUUAGUUUGAAAAGGGCACUUUGAAGCUAUCCCCAUGAAUCAGUGGCAGUAGGAAAAGUUCUCUUUUUUUGUGUCUCAUUUCAGUUUUUAGUUUAAAAUUAUUAUUGUCCUUUUUUUGUUUAUCUUGAAGCUCAAUAAAAUGGCACGUAAUUAGGACAUUUUAAGCAUUUUUGACAUUUAUAUAAAAGAAUUUCUGAUAAGGUUAAUAUAUCCAGGUGCUCACCAAAGAAACAUGUAUGUAAUAUACACGUAGAUUUUUGUAACUGAUCUGUUCUUGCUCAUUUAUAAUCCGUAGAAGCAACUGUCUAGAUACUGGGGCAGCCCUGAUUUGAGUCUGUAACUUAUAAUUUAAUUCAUUACCCUAGUUUCAUAUUAUGCCAUUAGGAUUUUCUUGAUAAGGAAUUAUUCCCUUGUUUCUCUCUGAGCAAUGUCUGGACCCUGAGCUCCCUUUGCAGUCUGAAGGCACUGCAGUCAGAACCAUGUACUGCUGAUAAAGCCUCUGGUAGCAAUAAAAUGUUGUCCUUAA